ACAUUCAGCCUCCCUGGGCAGGAGUCUCCAAAAGGGCUCUGGGCUGCAGCAAGGAUGUCCAAGGGCAACUUGUUCCUGGCUUCUCUGCUGGUUUUUCUUUACUACUUGGUGCUCUCCACAGGCACAAGACCUGGGUUUGUGGGCAGAAUCACCAGCAAAGGCCUGGAUUAUGGUCGCCAGGAGGGCGUUGCAGCCUUGCGACGGAAGCUGGCCGGCCUGACUCUGCCCGAGUUCUCUGGGUCCGUCAGAGUUAAAGUCCUUGGAAAUGUGAAAUAUAAAUUCGACAGCUUGAAUAUUCCCAGUUUCCACUUGCCAGACUCAGCAAUCGCCCCAGUCCCUGGCGUGGGCCUCAAGGUCUCCAUCAGUAAUGCCUUUGCUCAAUUGACGGGCAAGUGGCAGGUGAAGAAGUGGUUUUUCAAGGACCGUGGCUCAUUUGACCUGAAGACUGAGGGCAUCUCCAUCUCUGUGGGCUUGAAGCUGGGUAGCGAUUCUGCUGGGAGACCAACGGCCACCACAGCUGGUUGCACUGCUCACAUCUCUACGGUCAAAGUGCACUUUUCGGGCGGGUUGAGCUGGCUGUACAAUCUCUUCCGCAGAAAAAUUGAGUCAGCCCUCAGAAGGACCAUGGAAGGCCAGGUCUGUAAGACGGUGACCAGCUCAAUUAGCUCCAAGCUGCAGCCUUUUCUGCAGACUCUGCCAGUCACAGCAAAACUUGACAAGGUGGCCGGGAUCGAUUAUUCCCUGGUUGGGCCUCCUGUUGCUACCCAGGAUUCCUUGGACCUGGACCUGAAGGGUGAAUUCUUUUCCCUCGCCCAUCGCUCUGCUGCUCCUUUCCAACCACCUGCACUGGCUUUCCCUGUCGAUCAUGACCGCAUGCUUUAUUUUGGGAUCUCCAGUUACUUCUUCAACACGGCGGGCCUCGUGUACCACAGCGCAGGAGCCCUGACCUUUUCCAUCACCGACGACAUGGUUCCAAAGGAGUCUAAAAUCCGGCUGUGCACCAAGUUCUUUGGGGCCUUUCUUCCACAGCUGGAAAAGCUGUACCCCAACAUGCUCAUGAAGCUCCAGGUUUCGCCUCCUUCUGCCCUGUCUCUGACUAUUGCGCCUGGAGUCCUGUCGCUGAGUCCAACGGUCGAUAUCCAAGCUUUUGCCAUCCUGCCUAACUCUUCUCUGGCUCCCCUCUUUGUACUUAACGUGUCAACCACCAUUUCAGCCAAUGUUACUGUUGACUCUACCAAGAUUUUUGGGUCCCUGAAGCUUGGCAGGCUGCAGCUGUCCUUGAAGCACUCGGAUGUCGGGCCCUUCUCCGUACAAUUAAAGGAAGACCUCCUGAACUACUACGCUGCAAGCAUCCUGAUCCCUCAAAUUAAUGCCCGACUGGCUGAGGGAUGCCCUUUUCCUCUCCCAAAUCAGGUGAAGCUCUCCAAAGUCAUCCUCAAGACUCAACAGGACUUCCUGCUCAUUGGAGCAGAUGUUCGCUAUGGUUAGAGAUGACACAGAAGACAAGAAGAGAAGCUGAGUGGCCGAGAUGCAGUGAAGAAUGUCACUCUCCCUUCUGUUUCUGCAGCUUGGUCUCGUGGUGGGGGGUGGAAGCACUCAGGAAGGGGCUCACUAACUCCUUCUCCUUAUUUGCUGUGCUGUCAUUUUUGUCCCUCAACUUUCCUUAAAUGAAAUCUCUGUGGUUCAAGACCUGUUGACCUCCAAAUGCCUUCUGCUAAGGACAAAGGACAGGAAAUGGUCCUUGCCUCCUUCUUGCUCAAGGCCCUGUUGAGUGUUCUAGCGCUAGAGUGGUACAGUAGAAAGCCUUCAGUUUCUUCAUAAUGUUGUUGUUAUGUGCCUUCAAGUCGAUUACGACUUAUGGCAACCCUAUGAAUCUGCGACCUCCAAUAGCAUCUGUCGUGAACUGCCCUGUUCAGAUCUUGUAAGUUCAGGUCUGUGGCUUCCUUGAUGGAAAGGAAUCAAUCCAUCUCUUGUUUGGCCUUCAUCUUUUUCUACUCUUAAUAAAUAAAUACUUCAUAAUAAAUAAAACAUAUU